AUGGAGGCUCAGUGUCAUAGUAUCGGAUGCCUCACUACAACGACCUCUUCCGUGACCUCACCUAGUCCUUCCUCUCCUGGAACUAUCGCCUUCACCACCACCGCCACGACAGCUCAGUCCUCUGCCACCAACACCACCCACUCCACCACCACUCAACCCAUUUUCGAGUUUGCCUCCCAGGGGUCGCAAUCACUCUAUCGAUUCCUUCAGCCCCCACAGGAUCACCGAACUCCGUCGCCGUUGAACGAGACAACGGCCGUGGCCAGAGUAGCAGCUGCCGCAGCUAUUGCAGCGAUUGCCACGCCUCAGGACUUCUCACCUGCCGCCUCUGCUACGUCCGUUCACCAAUGGCAGUCGGAGCUGUCGGCCGCCUACAACUACGACUACUCCCAGAACCGCUACCUCCCCUUACUCGAGCAAAAUUGGAUGUCGAGCUUCAUCAACCCUUAUCAGAGCUACUGCCAACAGGCCACAACUCUGGAAGCCCACAAAGAUUCAACUUACGCGGCAAACUAUUUCUUAGCAGCUGCGCAAGCUGCCGCGCAGUCGCAGAAUUACUACGAGCCUCGAGGUCCCACGCCAAAUUUGACCAAAACCACGUGGGCUGGCGGUAAGCGGUACGCCGGAUCUCGGACGAAUUGCGACUGUCCGAAUUGUCAGCAGGUCGAGCUAGCUGCGGCGUCGAAUCCGGAGAUGGCGGCGGAGCUUCGACGCGCCAACACGACGCACAGUUGCCAUGUGCCCGGAUGCGGCAAGGUGUACAGCAAAACGAGUCACCUGAAGGCGCACCUUCGAUGGCACACCGGCGAACGCCCCUUCGUGUGCAACUGGCUGCUCUGUGGGAAACGCUUCACCAGGUCCGAUGAGCUGCAGCGCCAUCUGCGGACCCACGCAGGAGAGAAGAAUCUCGUCUGUCCACUGUGCCACAAGCGCUUUGUGCGCAGCGAUCAACUGAACAAACACACGAGAACGCAUUGCGCCACCAACGGCGAUGUUGACGGACACUCGGAGAACGCGUGCGUCAAUGAAACUGACCCUGACGAGAAUGUCGAGGUUUCAAAACGAAAACUAAUGAAGAUGGAAGCUGAUGAUGGAGGUGCCGUAUAA